AUGGCGGGUUCGCCUGGCUCGCGUCGUGAGGGAACCAAUGGCCUACUCAUGCUUCUCCUGCUGCUGGGCGCUUCGCUGCUCUGCUUCCCAGGCGCCGCGGACGCCGCGAGGCACAUGACGGUGCGGCCACAGGGAGUAGUAUCGAGCGGCCGGACCAUAGCGCACACGAUAUGGACGGCAGGAAGCAAUAUUCUUCGUGGCAAUAUCAACGCCGGUAGAAGGAGCAACGGAGGAAGCACCGCAGUUGCUGCUACUACGACAACCACCGGCGGUACAACCGUCGCUGCUGGCUCCGCGGCUGCUACAACCGCGGCGGCGGGCGCGGGGUGCGCGGCGUCGACGCUGGAGGGGUUCGCGUGGUCGGCGGCGCUGGGGUCCACGGGACUCACGCUGCAUUGGCGCGCAGUGGACUCGUCGCGCCUCGCCUUGGCGCUGGAAGCGGCGGGCGGCAGCGCGGCGGCGGCGGGGUGGUUCGCCGUGGGGUGGUCGGCGACGGGCCGCAUGGCGGCGUCCGACGCCGUGGUGGGCAAUCUGGCGGGCGGCGCCGCCGUCCAGGCGGUGUACAUGAGCGGCACGGCGCAGAGCGACGUUCAGCCCACAAGCAGCUUCGAUAUUGGCAACGCGCAGCUCGCCACGUCACCCUCGGGAUCCACCAUUCUCAAGUUCAACCGCUCAGCAGGAGACGGGUCGGUGCCAGUGAGCGUGCAGGGCAGCAACACACUCGUGUGGGCGCACUCCGCCGAUGGCUCGCAGUCCCUCGGCUUCCACGCCGGAUAUGAUGGCGCGCUGCAAGUGGACUUCGCAUGCUCCUCUGCCUCGUCCGGAGGGGGAGGGGGUGGCGGCACUGGUGGGGGCACGGGGGGAGGCACUGGCGGAGGUGGAGGCGACUAUGGGGGUGACUACAGCGGGGGGAACAACGGGGGAGGUGAUUAUGGUGGCGGUAAUGGCGGGAACGGAGGAGACUACGGGGGUGGCAGUGGCGGUGGGGGUAAUGGCGGUGGAGGUAGCAGUGGUGGGGGGGUUGGAGGCGGAGGAAGGGGAGGCGGUGGGGGGGACUGCAGGAGAGGGCCUGGGGGCGGACAGGGCGGACCUGGUGUCGGACAGGGCGGACCUGGGGGCGGACUUGGCGGGACUGGGAGCGGGCGAUGCGGGUCAGGUGGCGGGCAAGGGGGAGCUGGUGGGGGACAAGGGGGAUUUGGGGGCGGACAGGGCGGACCUGGGGGAUUUGGGGGCGGACAGGGCGGAUUUGGGGGCGGGCAGGGCGGACCUGGUGCUGGGGGCGGGCAAGGGGGGACUGGAGGCGGCAAUGGUGGUGACUACAGCAAUGGGGGAAGCUACAGUGGCGGUAAUGACGGAGGCAACACAGGCGGACAAGGUGGUUUCUACAGCGCUGCAGCAGGGGGAGUGGGGGCUGCUGGUGGUGGGGGCUGUGGGGGAGGGCUAGGGCAAGGCGGGGGACCUUGGGGACAGGGGGGAGCUGGGGGAGGGCAGGGCGGACCUGGUGGGGGACAGGGCGGACCUGGGAAUGGGCAAGGGGGAGCUGGAGGCGGGCAGGGCGGACCUGGGGGGGAUUAUGGUGGGGGGAGCAAUGGUGGGGACUAUGGUGCUGGGGGCAAUGGUGGCAGCUAUGGGGGUGACUAUAACGGCAGUCAGGGAGGCCCAUCUGGGGGCGGUGUGAGUGGCGGGGGAGGCAUGGGCGGGGAAGGCAUGGGCGGUGGAGGCAUGGGCGGUGGAGGCAUGGGCGGUGGUGCUGCUGGCGGUGGGAUGGGAGGGCCUGGGGGAAUGACCGGGGGAGGAGGCAUGGGAGGAGGAGGCAUGGGGGGCGGAGGCAUGGGCGGGGGAGGCAUGGGCGGGGGAGGCAUGGGAGGAAGCUUGGGGGGAGGAGGAGGAAUGGGCGGAGGGGGAGGGAUGCGUGGAGGAGGCAUUGGGGGAGGAGGCAUUGGCGGAGGGGGAGGCUUUAGCGGUGGUGCUGCUGGCGGUGGUGCUGCUGGCGGUGGUGCUGCUGGCGGUGGCAUGGGCGGGCCUGGGGGCAUGGGAGGUGGAGGUAUGGGCAGUGGGGGCAUGGGAGGAGGCGGCAUGGGAGGUGGCGGCAUCGGUGGAGGCAGGCCUUAG